UCUUAGUCAACCAGCCAGUGUAGAUAUCCUAGUUAGCGGUGCGAAUCCCCCCUCCCAACAGCCCAAGGCCAGGAGUGGGCCCCCAGCUCGACACUGAGCCGGCUGCCCCGUCCCGUCACAGCUGCUUGUAGCGUGGAUCGGUAGACAGGUACCUACGUGCUUGGAUUGGCUGCCCGUGCGGUAUCCGGCGAUACCUGCUCGCGGUACAGGUCUGUCGUAAGUAGGUACGUGGAGCAUGGCGGUGUGCUAUGAGAAGUGUGCAUCUACAUCCCCGCGAACCUCCUUACCAACAGGUCUCUCUACACUACCUCACAUUCCUGAAUAUGAUGCCGGGUCAGGUAAUAAACACGGCAACCAGCUAUACGCUAUAUCAGCCGCCGAGGAGAGGGGGGAGGACGUGACGUCCUUCAUAUUUAGCCUAUUCACUCCACCCCCUCCCCACCCCUUAAACUGUCUCCUCGCUUGCUUCCUUACGACGCCCGGGUGGGAGAGAGAGACGCUGCCGCGCGAGGUGGCGCCCGCUCCCGCGGAGCAGAGCCUGCGUACUGCACCGUUAACCUACAGGCACGACGACGACAGGUGUGCGCUGGCGCGGGCGCUGGCUGGCAUGGAGAGGGGGAGUCGGCAGCGGAGGCGGGAAGAGCGUGCUAUGUGUGAGACACGGCCCAGCCAGCAGACGAACCCGGACUCCCGCGAGCGAGUUAGGCCUGCCGGGGCUGUUAUUGCUGCCACUUUAAGCGGUCGGCUUACGGACCUCUCUCCGCCACAGUCCUCUUGCUGUUCCGUGGGAAAGACUCGACGGGGAAAGUCGAAAAAACAUCGCAUCGGGUCAAGCUGUCAUCUAGCAAACGGGCCAGCCGGUCGGCAUCAUGAUGAUGGACAAAGACCGCGGCGGGUGGGGGGGAAUAGCGCGCGAGGGUGGGAAGUCGUCCCAAGAGACGACUACUACCGGGUCCACACACACGGGAGAGGGAGAGACUUAAUGUUGCUGAGGCGAGUCAGACGGGAGGAAUGGGCGGCGCCCCCCAGGAAUGAUAAAUAGCCGCCGCCGCCGCCUGUCUGCGUUAGGCAGUA